UGUAAUUUCAUCUGGCAUGGCGGUAGACAGCUAAAAAGGCAGAGGCUGACGCUCAAACGCUUUUCCCACCAAACACUGUGGCAUGUUGCAGCUACAGCACUGUGUACUGAGCGUAGACAGUAUAUAAGUGUUUAACACGAUUGUGGGAUGGACAGGAAUUGGAUAGAGCUCUCUCAGCCCAACCACGAAGAGAGCAUAACGCGUAUUUGUCGGCUCGGAUGCAGCAGCAUCCUCUCAAAAGCACUGCUUUCAGCACAGUCAGUCAGACCGCCCAACCCGCCGAGGAUGCUGCCGGAGGACCCAGCCCGACAGUCCGAGCCGUGACACGUUUCUUCUGAAGUAAGUCUAUCGCCAAAACGAAACACACUGCGAUUUAGACCAAAAAAUAAAGAAGGGGGAAAACUAUAAAGUCUCAUCAGCUGCCUAAUUUUGAACUUGAUACCGGAGUAUGGGAGUCGUCGGCACGGAUGCAGCUCUACUCCGGCUUUAGAAGUUGGACAGCCAGACAUGUGAAUGCCAUGACUCUUGACUUUGGACAAGAUUUCCAGCGCAGUGCAGACGGCAUUAUUAUAGAAUCCAAAAGGUGGACUUCUUCUUUUGUCCAGAUUACCGGAGGGUGUUAUCUGAUCAACAUGUGGCACCUAAAUAAUAGGCACCUUUAGUCUUUUCUGAGGCAUGGAGCAUUAGGCAAUUGAUCCCCGAAGAACCCAUCAAGGUGCUACUUAUUAUUCAAAGUAAUGGAAUGAAGACAAUAUCUUGAUAUAAUGGAUGAUAGGUCCAGUAAGCUCAUCUUGGUUCCUAUUUUAGCUGUCCUUUUUGUUAUGAUAGGUUAUCAGUACAUAUGUCCCGCUGGCAGCAAUUCGUGCCACUUUAAGACUGGGGAGAAAUUAAGAGGGGUAAGCCUACUUUCCACCCCGUACCAGGACAGCGAUGAUUUCUACAGAGAUCAAGACCUGGAGGAUGACAGCCCUCCUAAACUACCGUCAAAAUUCAACUUCACCGAAAGAGACCUUGACCGACACGUGGAGUUCAACAUCAAAGGGGACGACGUGAUAGUGUUUUUGCACAUCCAGAAGACCGGGGGAACUACUUUCGGGAGACACUUGGUGAGGAAUAUUCGCUUGGAGCAGCCGUGCGACUGCAAACCCGGACAGAAGAAAUGCACAUGUCACCGACCAGGGAAAGAGGAGUCCUGGCUCUUCUCCCGGUUCUCUACUGGCUGGAGCUGCGGACUUCAUGCAGACUGGACCGAGCUUUCGAACUGUGUGCCUGUCAUUAUGGAUAAGAAGGAGGCCCAGAGAAAUAAAAGGAACUUCUACUACAUCACCAUGCUGCGAGACCCAGUCUCCCGCUACCUGAGCGAGUGGAAGCACGUCCAGCGCGGAGCCACGUGGAAGACCGCCCUCCAUAUGUGUGAUGGACGCUCGCCCACGCAGGACGAGCUGCCCACCUGCUAUAGUGGGGAUGACUGGUCCGGUGUCACCCUGACUGAGUUCAUGAACUGCCCGUCCAACCUGGCCAAUAACCGGCAGGUCCGCAUGCUGGCUGACCUGAGCUUGGUGGGAUGCUACAACUUAUCCUCUAUGAACGAGAGCCAGCGUAACCACAUCCUCUUGAGCAGCGCCAUGAGCAACCUGAAGAACAUGGCUUUCUACGGCCUGACUGAGUUUCAACGCAAGACGCAGUACCUGUUUGAGCGGACGUUCAGCCUGCGCUUCAUUUCCGCUUUCAUGCAGAUCAACAGCACGCGAGCUGCCAACGUGGACCUGAGCGAGCCCGUGCGCAGGCGCAUCGAGGAGCUUAACUAUUUGGACGUGCAGUUGUACGAUUACGCGAAGGACCUGUUCCUCCAGCGUUUCCAGUUCACCCGCCAGAGGGAGCACCAGGAGGUGCGCUUGAAGAGGCGCGAGGAGAGGCGUUGGCUGAGGGAGCAAAAAGAGCAGGGCAGGCCAUGGCCAGCCAAACACAGAGGGGGAGGAAAUGGAGGCGGAAGAAGGGAAGGAGGGUUGGAGAAAGGGACUGACGGUGACUUCCCCACCACCACUGAGGACUAUACAAGCCAAGUGGCCCGUUGGUGAGGCUCUGAUCGAAAGAAAGAGGAGCAAGAGAGAGAUUCCUCACAGACUUGUUUAAACCUUUGACUCUCUCUCUCUCACACAUCCUAAGACUCUCUCUUUCUUUCUCACCAUUAAUCUGUCUCCUGCAUCCGUCUGUUUCUCAGCUUCAGUGUGAUCCAAGUGCUCUGCUGUUUCUUUAUGAAGACUGCCAAGUCUGUGAGUCUCACAGUAGCUCUGCCUUGGAGUGCCCUUUGGUGUCUUAAAUCUUUAAAUGCUGUUUAUACUUUUUUUUUUCUUAAAUACAUUCAUUUAAUUACAUUCAUUUGAUUUUUGCCUUGGUUAUUUAUCAUGUGUUGUAUAAUAAGACAGUAAACUGAGGUGAAAGAAGAAGAAAAAAACAAUCAAAAGAAGCUGCCAUAGACUGCAUUGCUUUUAAUUUUGACAUUCAAAGCAACUUUGAUGAAUGUUAUUAUAGUCUUUGUUGCAACGGGUACAAAACCAUUUGAAAGGUGUAGUUGUAGAAGAACUGAUGGUUGCAUGUCACACGUCCACACUAUACUGACAAUUGGGGAGAGUGAUUUCCAAAAGGUAUGCAGUACUGUAAGCCAAAGUUUAUAAAAACACAAUGUAUUUCUUGUAUUUUUUAUUUAAUGACAAUGAAACCCUCUCUAAAUACCAUGUUGUAUGCAUGCAAUGCCCAUGUUUUAAACCAAAUUGUAGAAGACUAUAUCUGAUGCUUAUAUUUUGGUUACAGUCCAAUAGAUAUUAUUUUCUCAAGUGAUAUACCUAGCAGACAUUAACACGUCUCCCUCCCAAAGAUAACAUGCACACACAAGGCUAAAAUUACAAAGAGGGUAUCUUGCUGAGCAACAACUAUAUCGUUCCCCGUACAGUGGGUAGAACAUUUUGCUUUUCACAUGAGAAAAUGAAAGUUCUUUGUGAUGAGAAAGGCAUAUUUUGUGAGUAAUUCAUUUUUGAAGUAGUGGGUUGCAGAGAUAAAAAGUUGGUAAAUAGUACAGGUGAUGAAAUGUGUCAGUGUGGCUGGUGUGUGGCCGGACUGUGAAUUAGAUGAUCAGCAUUCAGCUCUCACGGCCUUCCCCGUCACACUGGCUGCUUUUACAUGUUUGUAGAGCUGAGGGCAACUGCACUGUGGGCAGCAAAAACACUUUAAUGCCAGCAGAGCGCCAGCCCACAAAGACCAGCCUCAAAGCAGAUAGUCGAGAAAUAAAACAUGUCUGUCAUUUCUUCUGCCCGAUAGUUUCCAGUCCCUCAAAUCCAAUCAGCGCGGCAAUAUGUGAAGAUGAAAGAGAGCUUGUUUUAUCUGCUUAAAUAGGCUUCAGUGAUGUUUUUAUGCCUCUUAUCUCAUAUUUACUAAAAUCCCUGCUUAUCAAAUUAAAUGUUAACUAAAUGUCAACAUUGAAGUGGUAGAGCUGCUGCUAUUUUAACAGUCAUUUCUCAUGUUUCUUCUCUGAUUGCAGUUACUUAUAAAUACCUCAGAUGGCACAGUAUUGUUUUAUUUUAAGGAAUGACCUGUGUUUUGUCUUGAGUGAUUCAUUCAGCUUAUGCAGUGAAUGUGUUGAAUGAAUACAGGUUUGAGCUGUCAGGAGUUGUAUGGGUGCACUUGUCUGUACGGAUGCACUUAGUCUGAGUUCAGUGAGUGUGAGGAUGGAUGGAAAAGAACAAAGACUAGGUGUAUAGCACAUUGAUAACACUUGAGCUACAGCUCUGAAUAUUUAAUCACUGUGUAGAAUUUAUAGCUGAAUUCAUGAAGUUUGUGUUGUAGCAGUGACCUAGAUUGAUGACAAAAGUUUCAAAUUUCAUGUCAAAUGAUUGUAAAGGUUUAUUUGGGAUAUUUUUUCUCUCUAUUUUAUACUGUAUACAUUUCAAAGGCACUUUAAAGUGAUGGU